AUGAAAGAACUUAGCCACAGUGGUACCACCAACCUCCGGGCCGCGGUGUCCAUGUUGGCUCUCUCCGUCGUCUCAGUCACAGUUCGACUAGCCCUUCGAAGAUGGGCUAGGAUACCGCUAUCAUGGUCUGACUGGCUAAUCCUAGUCGGCCUAGCAAUGAUAGGCGUAAACACUGGUUUAAUCGUUCAAUAUAUUGUUGCUGGCCCAGGGCCGGGGACAUACGACAUGAACGAUAUCGCACUCAACUACACAAACGGAGGGGCGGAUUGGGCGGCAGCAAUGAUGAAAGAGCUAUAUGUUGGAGAUUUGUUCUUCGGUUUAGCCAUCACCUCGGUCAAGCUCUCUAUCUUAGCAUUCUACCGCGAUAUCUUCGCCAUCUCCAAGCCCUUCCAGCGUUGGAACUCGGCUGCUUGCGUGCUAUGCAUCGUCUGGUUCAUCGUAUUUGCCUUCUGCAAUAUAUUUCAGUGUAAUCCCCCUAGCGCCCUAUGGGAGCAUUUUGGCUCGACGGAAUAUUGCAUUGCCAGCGGACCUCUCUGGCUAGGAUACGAGUUAACCAAUUUUUUCCUGGAUGUGCUGGUACUGGUUUUACCAAUUGUGAUGGUGCACCGUCUCCGGUUACGUACGGCGCAAAAGUGGUCUGUCGCGAGUAUCUUCCUCCUGGGUAGUUUGGUGUGUGUUGCUAGUAUAGUUAGGAUGGUCUAUAUCUGGCAUCCCCAAGCUCCCGAAACUGUUUCGAUCUCCCAAGUACAGGCUCUCUCAUCAAUUCAGCUGGGAAUCGCAGUCCUAUGCGCCUGUCUACCAACAUAUGGCCCCUUGCUCAAUUUAUCACGUAAAGGAUUGAUACAAAUAAAGCGAGCCAUAGGAUUCAGCGUAUCCGAUACUUCCAGCCAUAGUGGUAUAAUAAAUGGCCGCAACGCUAAAGACUUGACCGACCGCUCAGAAUACUACCGCAUGUGUGAAGGUGAGAGCGACGCUCACGUCGUCUCAGCUUCCGCCGAUGGUAUCGUCGAAGCACACGCGCUAGGUGAUAUCCCGUCACGCUCGAUUAUGGUCUCUAGGAGUGUACGAGUCACAUAA